AUGGCACUUCUGGGACACCAUUACUACUAAUUCACAGACUUUUUCGACCACCAAUCAAGUUACUAAUUCAUCAACUAUGAGGGACACCUCAGAAGUUACUAAUUCACAGACUUUUUCGACCACCAAUCAAGUUACUAAUUCAUCAACUAUGAGGGACACCUCAGAAGUUACUAAUUCACAGACUUUUUCGACCACCAAUCAAGUUACUAAUUCAUCAACUAUGAGGGACACCUCAGAAGUUACUAAUUCACAGACUUUUUCGACCACCAAUCAAGUUACUAUUUCAUCAACUAUGAGGGACACCUCAGAAGUUACUAGUUCACAGCACUUUUCGACCUCCGCUGAAGUUACUAGGUCACAGCGUUUUCAGACCACUGGUCAAGAUUCAUCAACUAUGAGGGGCACCCCAGAAGUUACUAGUGCAUGGCCCUUUUGGGACAUCCAUCAUACUAGUAAGAGUUCACAGCGUUUUCAGACCACUGGUCAAGAUUCAUCAACUAUGAGGGGCACCCCAGAAGUUACUAGUGCAUGGCCCUUUUGGGACAUCACUCAUACUAGGUCACAGCUUUUUCAGACCACUGGUCAAGAUUCAUCAACUAUGAGGGGCACCCCAGAAGUUACUAGUGCAUGGCCCCUUUGGGACAUCAUUUAUACUAGAAAACUGGAGGACUCGUACACACCUACUACAUUUACUUACUCUCAAGAAGAUUCACAGACUGUGACCACAAAAGCUACUAAUGUUACUGAGAGUCCUACACCUGUGGUAAUUAUAAAGCCUGAGACAGAAGUGUUCAGUGGAGAGACUGUGACUUUUAUUUGUGAAAUACAGAAAGGAAAAGACACUGAGUGGAGUUAUGACUGGAUUAGGGAUUAUUACACAUUCUACCCAUACCACACAACACAGGAGUUCAGCAUCAGCUCUAUUACAGACUCUUAUCAAGGAAACUACACCUGCAGUGGGAGGAGACACAGUGAUUCUCAGAUCACAGAGAUGAGUGAUCCAGUUACACUCACUGUAUCAAAAAAACCUAAACCGACUGUGAGUGUGAAUCCUCAGAGCUCCAUCUACACUGGAGACACAGUUACACUGAACUGUAAUCUGCAGUCUACUGGAUGGAGCUUUUUCUGGUACAAGUAUCAGAAAUUCAAUCCCUUAAAUACCAACCCACUCAGUGUGAUAAUCUCUAAUGAAGGACAAACAACAUACUACUGCAAAGCACUCAGGGGAAACUACGAGUCAGAGUUCAGUGCUCCAGUCAUAAUUACAGUGAAAGCGAGACCAAAGCCUGUAGUGAAAAUACAGCCAGCUGUGAAUGUGUUCAUUGGGGAAACUGUCACUCUCACAUGUGACAUACAGACUGUAGGAUCCUGGAAGUAUCACUGGUAUAGAAAUAAUGAAGAAAUCAGUGAUGCUGCAGAAGAGAGAGCAUAUAUGAUCAGUGAUGUUAAAGCCUCUGAUAAAGGUGCUUAUAGAUGUGAAGGAACUCAGUCAUCAGAUCCAAAAUACACACAGAGCAGUGAUGCAGUUACACUGACUGUAUCUGAAAAACCUGAACCUGAACUCACAUCAGACCUUAAAGGAGCUGCACUGACAGGAAACUCAGUGACUCUGUACUGUACACUGAAGCUGCAGUCUGCUGGAUGGAAGUUUUACUGGAGCAAAGACACACAGAGCCGUGAAACUGAGACUAAAACACACUCCUACACCAUCAGAUCAGUUAGUGUCUCUGAUGGAAGUCAGUACAGGUGCAGAGCUGGAAGAGGAAACCCAGUCUACUACACAAACUACAGUGAUGCACUCUGGGUAAAUGUUAUUGAGAAUCCUAAGCCUGUGGUGAUUAUGAAGCCUGAUACACAAGUGUUCAGAGGAGAAACUGUGACUUUCAGGUGUGAAAUACAGAGAGGAAGAGACACUGAGUGGAGAUACGACUGGUAUAAGGAUGAUAACACACUCAACCCAAAACAAACAACACAGGAGUUCAGUAUCAGCUCUGUUCCAGACUCUUCUAGAGGGAAAUACACCUGCAGAGGGAGGAGACACAGUGACAAUCAGAUCUCUGAGAUGAGUGAUCGUGUUACUCUUACUGUAUCAGAAAAACCCAAACCGACUGUGAGUGUGAAUCCUCAGAGCUCCAUCUACACUGGAGACACAGUUACACUGAACUGUAAUCUGCAGACUCCUGGAUGGAGCUUUUCCUGGUACAUAAAUCAGAAAUUAAAUUCACCAAAUACCAACCCACUCAGUGUGAUAAUCUCUAAUGAAGGACAAACAACAUACUACUGCAAAGCACUCAGGGGAAACUACGAGUCAGAGUUCAGUGCUGAAGCCAGAAUUAUAGUGAAAGCGAGACCAAAGCCUGUAGUGAAAAUACAGCCAGCUGUGAAUGUGUUCAUUGGGGAAACUGUCACUCUCACAUGUGACAUACAGACUGGAGGAUCCUGGAAGUAUCACUGGUAUAGAAAUAAUGAUGAAAUCCUUGAUGCUGCAGGAACGAGAACAUAUAGGAUCAGUAAUGUUAAAGACUCUAAUAAAGGUGCUUAUAGAUGUAAAGGAACUCAGUCAUCAGAUCCAAAAUACACACAGAGCAGUGAUGCAGUUACACUGACUGUAUCAGAAAAACCUGAACCUGAACUCACAUUGGACCUUAAAGGAGCUGCACUGACAGGAAACCCAGUAAUUCUGUCCUGUACACUGAAGCUGCAGUCUGCUGGAUGGAAGUUUUACUGGAUGAAAGACACACAGAGCCGUGAAACUGAGACUGAAACACACUCCUACACCAUCAGAUCAGUCAGUGUCCCUGAUGGAGGUCAGUACAGAUGUAGAGCUGGAAGAGGAAAACCAGUCUACUACACACACUACAGUGAUGCACUCUGGGUAAAUGUUAUUGGUGAAUCUUCUCCAGUAUCUCUGUUCAUCAAUCCCAGCAGAUCUCAACACUUUACUGCUGACUCUCUCUCACUGAGCUGUGAGGACCAGAGAGACUCUACUGGAUGGAAAGUGAGAGGAUACACACACAAUGAGGCAUCAAUCAUUUCUUCAUCAGUUUCAGGAUCUACAUAUAACAUCAUCUCCCUCUCUCCAUCACACACUGGAGUUUACUGGUGUCAGUCAGAAUCUGGAGAACGCAGUGAUUCAGUCAACAUCACAGUACACAAUGGUGAUGUGAUCCUGGACAGUCCUGUCCAUCCUGUGACUGAGGGAUGUUCUCUGACUUUACGCUGUUUAUAUCGUAAAACAACAGCUGGCAUGGGUUUCUAUAAAGAUGAUUCAGUUCUUCAGAGCAAGACUACAUUAGACAUGACCAUCAGCAGUGUGUCAACGUCAGAUGAAGGUUUCUACCACUGUAAAAAUCCAGAGAGAGGAGACUCACCGAAAAGCUGGAUUUCAGUCAGAGUUCAGCCACCAGGAAAACCUUCAGUACUGAAGAUCCUUAGCAGUCUAGUGGUGGUCUCGCUGUAUGUGCUGGUGACCAUCAUUCUGGCUGUGAAAUGUUACAGAGCUCGAACUGAACCUGGCGAGGACAUCAGACCAUACAGAGUGAUAGAAGGUGACACAUCUGUCUGAGUGUUAAAGGUGUUAAAGGCCACGAUUUUGUUUCAAAAUCCAGCUUUUAAUUAACAACAGCUCCCAGCGUAACAAACACACUCGGUCAGGGGUUGGAAUUGUUAUUUUAUAUUUUGGCCGCUAGAGGCCCCCAAUGCUCAUUCAUCUUUUCCUCUCUGCAUGCUCAUUAUGGUGCCACCUGCAUCCACGUUCCACUAAAUAAAUCCUUCUGUCUUCUUGUACCUUUGCGUGGUCGUCGAUGAUCCGUGGCCAGUCCUUUGUGUGUUGUGUAAGUUCUUCCUCGUCUCCAGACAUUUGUUCGAAUCAAACCUUUAAUAUUCUUUUCUGCGAGUUCUGAUUGUUUUGCCUAUGAGGGCAUGUUUGAGGAGAACUUUAGAGUAGCCUUUCAUUAGAUUUUCCCCAGCGUUUUUUCUAUUUUGAAUUCUAAGGUUGUUUGCUUUUCUACUUUGUCUGUAAUUGAACUUUAUUACACACGGUGGAAAUAGGACGCAGGUGGCAGCGACAUCAUGCAAAGAAAACAAUUUGAGGGACCAAUGCUGACCUCUAGUGGUCAAACAUAAAAAACUAUUCAAAUACUGUCAGUGUUCAUGCUCUAUCCAAAAGUACAAUUUAUUAUUUUUUUUUCAUGAUUGCUUUUGCUGAUAUACCGUGUUUAUAUAACGUC